AUGGCUUCCACAGGGAGUGGCCUCCGUGUCCAGGGGGAUGAUAACCUCCAGUCCAUGCUGGUGGGGGCGGUGAUGAGGAAAAUCAAGUCACGCACAUGGAAAAAGCAACGUUACUUCAAACUGCAGGAAGACUGCAUGACCAUCUGGUACAAGUCCAAGAAGGCCGGGAACACCCACUCCACAUUUUCAGUGAGCGACGUGGAGGCGGUGAGGGAGGGCCACCAGUCGGAGAUCCUGCUCAGUAUCGCUGAUGAGUUCCCACCGAACCGCUGCUUCACGCUGGUGUUCCGCGGGCGCCGCGGCAACCUGGACCUGGUGGCCGAGUCUGCUGACGAGGCCCAGUCCUGGAUCCAGGGAAUGAGGAAGCUGAUCGAGAACCUGGAGAACAUGGGCGAGAGGGAGAAACUGGACCAAUGGAUCGGUGACUGGUUCAAGAAGGCGGAUAAGAACAAUGAUGGCCGGAUGAACUUCAAAGAAGUGCAGGACCUGCUCAAGAUGAUGAACGUGGACAUGAACGAACACCAUGCUCACCGUCUCUUCACGAUGGCCGACAAGUCACAGUCGGGGACGCUGGAGGAUGAUGAGUUUGUGCUGUUCUACAAGAUGCUGACCCAGCGGGAAGAUGUGCUGAGGGUCUUCCAGGACUACUCUGGCGACGGCCAAAAGCUCUCCCAGAGCAACCUGGAGGAAUUCCUGAGAGAGGAGCAGCUGGAAGGAGGCAAUGUUCAGCAGUAUGCCGAACGGCUCAUUGAUCUCUACGAGCCCUCUGACACAGCCAAGAUGAUGAACGCUAUGACAUUUGAUGGCUUCCUGAUGUACCUGGGCUCGGCUGAAGGCUCCAUCUUCAACCCCCGGCAGCGGGGCAUCUUCCAGGACAUGAGCCAGCCGCUGUGCCAUUAUAUUAUAUCCUCUUCCCACAACACUUAUCUGAUGGAAGACCAGCUCCGAGGACAAAGCAGCGUGGAGGGGUACAUCAGGGCUCUGAAGCGCGGCUGCCGCUGUGUGGAGGUGGACUGCUGGGAUGGUGCCAACGGAGAGCCCAUCGUCUACCACGGACACACCUUCACCUCCAAGAUCCUCUUCAAAGAUGUGGUCAACGUGCUCAACAACUACGCCUUCAAGGUAUCAGAGUACCCGGUCAUCCUGUCCAUGGAGAACCACUGCAGCGUUGAGCAGCAGAGAGUCAUGGCCCAACACCUGAACAGCAUCCUCGGCAACAAGCUGCUGAAGAACACGCUGGACGGCAAGGUCCCCAUCAGCCUGCCGUCUCCUCAGGAUCUAAAGGGCAAGAUUCUGCUGAAGGCAAAGAAGAUCGGAGGCCUUGAGGAGAGUCUCAACGAAGUGUCAGAGGACUCCCUCACUGCGGAGGUCAGCGACGAAGAGGACGUGGCUGACAUCGACGAGGACAACCUCCACCGCGAAAGCAUACGCCGCAAGGCAAAGAAAUCCAAGCAGCGUCUGUCUAAGGAGCUCUCAGACUGUGUGGUGUACUGCAAGAGUGUCCGCUUCAACAGUUUCAAGCACUCCCGCAUCCACUCCAAGUUUUAUGAGGUCUCCUCUUUCACCGAAUCCAAAGCUCGCAAACACUUGAGAGACGCCGGCACAGAAUUUGUGCAUCACAAUUCCCGGCAGCUGACAAGGGUGUAUCCCAGCGGCUUCAGGACGGAUUCCUCCAACUUUAACCCUCAGGAAAUGUGGAACGCUGGGUGCCAAUUUGUUGCAUUGAAUUUCCAAACUGCUGGGGAAGGAAUGGAUCUCAACGAUGGUCUGUUCAGUCAAAAUGGCCACUGUGGCUACAUCUUAAAACCCGACUUUAUGAGACAGGGCGAGAGAAGAUUUGACCCCGAGGCACCCCAAGACCGGGACAACUACCAACCUCUGAGUCUCACCAUUCAGGUUAUCAGCGGCCAGCAGCUGCCCAAAGUGAACAUCAAAGAGGGCUCCAUAGUGGACCCGCUGGUUAGGGUGGAGAUCCAUGGUGUUCCCCUGGACCAAGCCAAGCAGGAGACCAGAUACAUUGAGAACAAUGGGUUUAACCCUGUGUGGUAUGACACCCUGCGUUUCACCAUCCACACCCCUGAACUGGCCUUGGUGCGCUUUGUGGUGGAGGACUAUGACAAGACAUCCAAAAACGACUUUAUUGGGCAGUAUACACUGCCUUUCAGCUGUAUUCAGCAAGGUUUUCGUCACAUUCACCUUUUGUCCAAAGAUGGAACCAGCAUCCAUCCUUCCUCUUUAUUUGUGCACAUCAAAAUCACCGAGCUGGACGGAAGUUAA